ACCAUAGCAACUUACCUGUGUGGACAGGACGACAUGCCAGUCACCAUUUUGAAUUCUGUGGUCUUGUUGAGGUCUUCCUCCUCCCGGUCGGUGUGGUUUGCAUUCUAUCAUAUGAGAGGAAUAUAUAAACAACCACAAACAUUUCAAAACAUACGAACGAAAAUCACUAUGUAUAAAUCACAUAUUUGUAGCUGGCAGUGAUCUAACAUCCGGUGGGUGGCAGUAUGUGUAUUGGUUCUGAGUCAGACAAAGAAGAACCAACGAAGAAGAGGAAAACAACAUGGCGGCUGGUUACGCCUGGUUUCUCGUUUUAGGCUCGGUUUUUCUCUGUAAUCUGAUGAAAACACUCUUGCCGAGUAUUUCCUCAUUUCUCUGUAAGACGGUCCAGAAAGAUGCCGAACAGGAGACCGAAAUGAGGGCUGAAAUCCAGGCGAUGAAGAAGGAGCAGUCGUCCAUUAGCAUGAUGGAUCAAUUCGCUCGGUAUGCACGAUUGGAUCGCAAGAUCAACCAAAUGACGGAUAAGCUUAAAACUCAUGUAAAAUCCAGGACUGGACAACAAGCCAAAAUGAAAUGGGUUGUCAGCAUUGUGUUUUAUAUACUGCAGGCUGCAUUGAUGAUAUCUUUGAUAUGGAAGUAUUACUCUGACCCGGUGACAGUGGUUCCCAGUAAAUGGAUUGCCCCCGUGGAACGCCUUGUUGCUUUCCCAACUGGAGUCACCGGUGGAGUGGGGAUCACAUGCUGGUUGGUGGUGUGCAACAAAGUAGUUACGCUGGCUCUCCAAGCAUUCAGUUAAAAAAACUGAGCUGAAACAUUAAAAGUUCAUUACAACUUGUGUUGUUGAAAUACAUAUUUCAUCAUUGGGCCCAUUUUAGUAUUGUCUGUCUGGCUUUGUGACACAAGUUUUGAGUGACGUGGAGGUAUUUUUUAUUGAUAAUUUAUUAUGUUGUCUAUUUAUUUUACAUGUAUAAGGUUGUGAAUGUCUAAAAACUGUUUUUUAAAUAAAACAUUUGGAAAAACAACAGACUUUGUUUUACAUAUUAAUUUCAGUUAAUAUGAAAUAUGGUAACUAUUAUGACAAGCAUAUAAUGGCAGUUAUAUUCAGAAAUAAUAAACCAAUAGUUAAACUAGUGGUAUUAAAGGUGCGGACUUGAUACAUUUUCAGCCCACAUCUUUUUUUUUUUAUUGAGCCUCAGCAUAUUUUAGAAAUGAAUUGAUGAGAUAAAUAUUAGUUAGGACACACAUUUUUGUUGCUGUCCAUAUCAGUUAUGAUGUGGACUUUUUUCCAGGUAGCAUAUAUAGAUCUACAUUGGACUAGUUUUAGCAUCUUUAAUGUACAAAAUGUAUCUUUGUUUUUUUAAUAAGCGGCGGAAAAAGACACCCCUGAUUUAAUUUUGUACAUUGUAUUUAAUGUCUACAUAUAUUUAGUAGUGGUAUUUUAAAGUUUUACCAUGUCACAAUUUACACUUUUAUUUGUGAACCCACACUGUUUUAUGUGUAUGAACUAAACCAGGAGUGUCCAAACUUUUUCCACUGAUGGCCACACUCAAAAAUGAAAGCAUGUGCGGGCCAUUUUGAUAUUUUUCCAUUUUCAAAACCAAUAUAAUAUAUAUUGUAACCAUUAGGGCUCCCCUCAAUUUUUCACAAAUGUUAAAGGUCCCGGGGACCCACAAAUGUUUCGCUCAUUAAAUUGUUAAAAAUAAGUCAUAUAAUUUUUAUUUUUUACUUUAAACGCCUAAAUAUCUAUACAUCAACUUCAAAUCAAUCGGUUGCCGUACAUUUGUAUUGUUUUCUUUUAUGUUUUAUGCCAUUCACCCCCCAAAAGAAACCCCUUUCUUCUUAUGGCAAAACAUAAAACGUGAUAUUUUCCCCAAAACAUUUUUUUGUUUAAAUGGAGCAUUUUAUGCAAAGUAACUGCCUUAUUUUUUGAGUAAUGACAGUUUUUAAGUAAGUAGCUUUGUGUUACUGGUGUCAAUAUUGUAAAAUGUUUCAUGAAAUUCCACCUGUUUGCUCUUUUUUCCACCUUUUAUGUUUUUGUUUUUUGUUUUUUUAAAUGUGCAGCGGGCAGUUGAAAACAUAGCAAAAGGCUGCUGAACUAAGAGCGUAGAAGAAAAGGUCAUUUCAAACAUCAGUAUUCAAGGACAACUUUAAAACAAAUGUGUAUAUCGGUGGGGGUUAAACUAUGGAAUUCUCUUUACAAUGAGAUAAAAGACUGUCAAAAUAAUAUAUAUAUAAAGACAGAACAAUAAGAUCAUAUGGACAGCCAUAAGUGUUUACAUUUUGCUUAAUAUUUAUUAAUUUACUUGUUUUUUUGUCUGGUUUUGUAUUUGUUUUGUAUCAUCCCGUGAGGUGUAUAUUACUUUUUUUGUUCGGUUUGUACUUCAUGAAGUUUUGCACUUGUUGUGUUUUUUUUGUUUGUUUUCAUUAUAUUUGGAUAUAUUUGUUUGGUUUGUAUGAUAUCCAUUGAAUAAGACUAUGUAUUAUGUUGAAGGGGGCAGGAAAAUAUAAGAUUUUUCUUCAUCCUGCUCCUUCUCAGGCACUGGUGUGUAAAUGUGUGUUUAGUUUCUGAGGUUUAAUUGUCUAUCGAUCAAAGAUGCACAUCAAUGAAGGAGAUAAAUAA